AAAACUGAUUGGGAAGUAGCCAUAAAGAGUAUUAACAAAAAGAACUUGUCAAAGUCACAAAUCCUACUUGGAAAAGAAAUAAAAAUCUUAAAGGAACUUCAGCAUGAGAACAUUGUAGCUCUCUAUGAUGUCCAGGAAAUGCCCAAUUCUGUCUUUUUGGUAAUGGAGUACUGCAAUGGUGGGGAUUUGGCAGAUUACUUACAAGCUAAAGGAACUCUUAGUGAAGAUACCAUCCGGGUGUUUCUCCAGCAGAUUGCAGCAGCUAUGCGUAUUCUGCACAGUAAAGGAAUCAUUCACAGGGAUCUUAAACCACAGAAUAUUUUGUUGUCUUAUGCCAGUCGUAGGAAGUCAAGUGUCAGUGGCAUACGCAUCAAAAUAGCUGACUUUGGGUUUGCUCGUUAUCUGCAUAGCAACAUGAUGGCUGCAACUCUGUGUGGGUCUCCUAUGUAUAUGGCCCCUGAAGUGAUUAUGUCUCAACACUAUGAUGCUAAAGCAGACCUGUGGAGCAUAGGAACUGUGAUUUAUCAGUGUCUUGUUGGAAAACCACCUUUUCAGGCCAAUAGUCCUCAAGAUUUGAGAAUGUUUUAUGAAAAGAACAGGAAUUUGAUUCCUAGUAUUCCUAGGGAAACAUCAGCUUAUCUGGCUGACCUGCUGUUGGGUUUGCUUCAGAGAAACCAAAAGGAUAGAAUGGACUUUGAAGCAUUUUUCAACCACCCUUUCCUGGAUCAGAUUUCAACAGUCAAAAAAUCUUGUCCUGUACCAGUGCCCACAUAUGCAGGCUCAGUCUCUGGCAGUUCCUGUGGUAGCUCUCCUUCAUGCCGUUUUGCUUCUCCUCCAUCUCUGCCAGAUAUGCAGCACAUUCAAGAAGAAAACUUGUCUUCCCCUCCGUUGGGUCCUCCUAACUAUCUUCAAGUCUCUAAAGACUCUGCCAGUACCAGUAGCAAGAACUCCUCUUGUGACACAGAUGAUUUUGUUCUUGUCCCACACAAUAUUUCUUCAGACCACUCGUAUGAUAUGCCAUUGGGAGCAGCUGGCAGGCGGGCUUCGAGCGAGUUCUUGAUGUGUGGAGGGCAUUGUCAGCCUUCGGUAUCCCCCCGCAGCGAAACAGCACCUAUCCCGGUCCCCACUCAGCUACGGAAUUACCAGCGCAUAGAACAGAACCUCUCCUCUACUGCCAGCCCCGUGUCAAACCCCCACGGAUCACCAAGAGCUGGAGUUGUGAGACGCUCAAAUACUAGCCCAAUGGGCUUCAUGAAGAUGGGCUCCUGUUCUCCAGUACCAGCUGACACUGCACAGGGUGUUGGGCGCAGGUUAUCCACAGGAUCUUCUAGACCGUAUUCUCCUUCACCUCUAGUUGGAACUAUACCUGAGCAGCUUGGACACUGUUGUUGUGGACAACUUCAAGGACAUGAGUCAAGGAGUAGAAACUUCUCAGGUUCUCUGGUACCACCAUCUCAGUCUCCGCAGUCACUUUUGAUGGGAGCGAGGUUGCAGAGUGCUCCUACUCUCACAGAUAUUUACCAAAACAAGCAGAAGCUAAGAAAGCAGCAUUCAGACCCAGUAUGCCCAUCCUACGCUGCCUAUGGAUACGGUCAUUCACCACAACCAAGUAGGCCAGGUAGCCUGGGAACUUCACCUACCAAACAUAUGGGAUCGUCACCUAGGAGUUCAGACUGGCUGUUCAAAACUCCAUUACCAACGAUCAUUGGCUCUCCUACUAAGGCAACAGCUCCUUUCAAAAUACCUAAAACUCAAGCAUCCUCAAACUUGCUGGCCCUGGCUAAUCGCCAGGGCUCGGUAGAUACCCCGUUACAGCCUAAAGACAUCGCUGACCCAAGGGAUUUCACACACUUCCACUCGACCCAAGGAAGUGAAAAGCAGGCCGGAGAACAGCACAGUAAAACUACAUUUGGCAGGUCUGUUAGCACUGGGAAGCUAUCAGAUCAACAGGUAAAGACUACCCUUGGUGGCCAGUUAUAUCAAGGCAGUACAGACAGCCUCAACACAGAGCGACCAAUGGAUACGGCUCCAGCAGGGGCCUAUGGAAUUGCAAUGGCACCUCCUUCCAUGGGAAGUGGGGCAAGUUCUCGGGCUGUCAUGUUUACUGUUGGGUCCCCUCCAAGCAGCGCCACCCCUCCUACCUGCACCCAUAUGGUCCUCAGAACAAGAACCACCUCAGUUGGAUCAAACAGUUCUGGAGGGUCUCUCUGCUCUACUAGUGGCCGUGUAUAUAUGGGCUCUCCUCCUGGUAUUUAUAUGGGUUCUUCUCCUCCGGGAGCCGAAGCAGCUCCAAGUCUGAAGUACAUGCCUUAUGGUACGUCGCCUCCCAGCUUAGAGGGCUUUAUCACUUUUGAAGCUCCCGAAUUGCCUGAGGAAACUUUAAUGGAGAGAGAACAUACAGACACCCUGCGUCAUCUAAACAUGAUGCUGACAUUUACGGAAUGUGUUCUGGAUCUGACAGCAGUACGAGGAGGAAACCCAGACCUGUGUACUUCUGCAGUAUCGCUGUACCAAAUCCAGGAGAGCAUAGUUGUUGAUCAGAUCAGCCAGCUAAGCAAAGAGUGGGGACAAGUAGAGCAGCUGGUGUUGUAUAUGAAGGCCGCCCAGUUGCUAGCAUCUUCUCUGCAUCUUGCCAAAGCACAGGUCAAAUCGGGGAAACUGAACCCAUCCACUGCUGUUAAGCAAGUUGUGAAAAGCCUCAAUGAGAGAUACAAGUUCUGUAUUGGCAUGUGCAAGAAACUGACAGAAAAGUUGAAUCGUUUCUUCUCGGACAAGCAAAGGUUCAUUGAUGAAAUCAACAGUGUAACUGCAGAGAAACUCAUCUACAGCUGUGCUGUAGAAAUGGUUCAGUCGGCGGCUCUGGAUGAGAUGUUUCAGCAAACUGAAGAUAUUACAUAUCGAUACCACAAAGCAGCCUUGCUGCUGGAAGGACUGACUAAAAUACUGCAAGACCCUGCAGAUAUAGAAAAUGUACACAAGUAUAAAUCUAGCAUCGAGCGAAGGCUUUCUGCACUUUGCUACAGCACAGUGGCUGUAUAUGAGCAGUAGGAAUAUCCCAAGGACCAGAUGGUGUGAACAUAAGGGACCACAUCAGUGAUACUGCACUUUUUUCACUACAGCUUAAUUGUUGGCCUUGUUCUGCCCCACGUGGAAGAUGAUUCUUACAUUUCUGUGGUGACU